GCGGAUAUCGAUGAGGCGGUGCAAACUAUGAGAGAAGCAGUCGAUCUACGACGAAGCGGCGAUCUGGAGCCCGCUGGUGUCUUACACAAUCUUGGAAGGUUGCUCAAAUAUAAGUACUCAAGAACAGGGGAACUGGCCGAUCUUGAAGAAGCAAUCCUCGUCACCAGGAAAGCAGUCGAUGCAACCCCAGAAGACCAUCCAGAAUGGGUAGCGCUUGCGAACAGUCUUGGAUCGCACCUGAGCGAUCGGUAUUUGGCCAUAGGAGCCGUUCACGACCUUGAAGAAUCCACUCGGCUCGCAAAACGAGCACUCGAAGCAGCACCAGAAGAACACCCCGAUUAUCCGGGGCUGUUGUCCAACCUUGGAGCCCGCCUUGGCGAUCAAUAUACGAGGAGAGGAGUGGCAGCCGGCUUGGGGGAACUCGAAGAAGUCAUUCAAUAUAUCCGAAAAUCAGUGGAUAUAAUGCCGUAUGAUCACCCGGGACAAGCCAUGGUCCUGAACAGUCUUGGGAACUAUCUAGGCAAACGAUACUUGAAAACAGAUUCUUUGCCCAACCUCGAAGAAGCUGUUCAAGUUUCGAAGCAAGCAGUCGAUUUGACUCCAGAUGGCGAUGCAGACCGAGCGAUAUACUUAAAUACCCUGGGGAUGCAGCUUGGCCAACGAUACUUGAGAACAGGCGCCGUGGCUGACCUUGACGAAGCCAUCCAAGACGUACAACAGGCAAUCGACAUGACUCCAGAACAAAAUCCAAACUGGCUGGCCUAUGUCAACAACCUUGGAGCUCAGCUCGGUGACCGAUAUGUAAGGAUAGGAGCCAGAGCAGACCUAGAAGAAGCCAUCCGAAUCCUAGGCCGGGCAAUUGAUGUCGCGCCGGAAGGGUAUCUAAACUCGGGACCACUAUUGACACACCUUGGACUUCAACUCAGCUUUCGAUAUUCAAUAAGCAAAGAUGAAUCGGAUCUCGAUGUCGGCAUUCAAAUGACAAGAAAAGCGCUCGAAAUUACGGCAGAGAACGAUUCAAGCCGAGUAGCACAGCUAGACAUGCUGGCGAUAUUACUCGGGCAGAGAUAUUCAGAAACACGAGUUACAUCGGAUCUUGAGGAAGCUAUCAGAGUUUCACGCCAAGCAGUCCGGGCGGCGCCACAAGGCGAUCCAUACCGGCCCAGGGUACUCAACAAUCUCGGAGAUGAUCUCGGCAAUUUGUAUCUGAGGACACAAAACACGGCGGACCUGGAAGAAGCAAUAUCAUAUCUCCGCCAAGCAGUUGAGAUAAUGCCACAGGACUACCCAGAUCGGUCAGCGCUGCUAGGCAACCUCGGAGACCAACUCGACAGUCUGUACGAAAGGACAGGAGCGAUAAAGGACCGCGAAGAUGCCAUCGAGAGCUACCAGGGGGCAUUGAACCAGGCCAACUCGUAUACCCUCAGUCGCAUAUGGGCUGGACGGGGCAUCCUCCGCUGCGCUUCAGACUGGCAGCAGGCCUACGAGGCCGCAAGCCUCGCAGUCGGCCUUGUUCCUAGACUAUCAUCACGCUCGCUCCAGAACUCGGACAGACAACACGCGCUUAGCCAGGUGGUCGGCCUUGCUUCCGAUGCGGCCGCGGUAGCUCUGCAGGCGGGCCAGACGCCACUGGUCGCGCUAGGUCUGCUCGAACAGGGCCGCGGUGUGCUGGGGACAUCCUUAGAAGAGGUGCGGACGGACAUUCUAAGCCUUCGGGACAGGGACUCUGAGUUGGCGGACCAGUUUUCGCCCUGGAAGGCCCAAGCGAGCCGGCGCUACGAGGCAGGGAAGGAGUUUGACAAGUUGGUUGCCAAGAUUCAAACGUUGCCUGGGUUUGAAGAUUUCCUGCUCCCGCCUCGUGAGAGGGACCCGAAGGAUGCGGCUCAACGGGGCCCGAUCAUCGUCAUCAACGUCAGCAAGUAUCGCUGCGAUGCGUUGCUAGUUGAGCCGCACCAAAUACGAGCCCUUCCUCUGACCCAGUUGUCUUUUGAGGAGAUCGAGGCCAAGGCACAACGGGGCGAUCUAGGAAGCUACGAAGUUCUCGAAUGGCUCUGGGACCGGGUGACACGCCCGGUUCUCGACGCUCUUGGCUUCACCGACCUUCCCUCUUCUGACAGUAGCUGGCCCCAUGUAUGGUGGAUUCCCACUGGACCGUUGAGCAAGUUUCCCCUUCAUGCCACGGGCUAUCAUCGCACUGGCUCUGCCGAAACUGUGCUGGACAGGGUCAUGUCCUCCUACGCCUCCUCAAUCAAGACUGUCAUACACAGCCGCCGGCGACGGUCCAACAUCGCUACGUCUUCCAAAGCACUCCUUGUUGCCAUGGAGAACACUCCAGGGAACCGCACGCUCCCAUUUUCCACCAAAGAGGUGGAUAUGGUGUGGAAUCUGUGCGGAUCGAUGCUGCUUCAGCCCGUCCGACCAGGACGCCGUAAGCAAGACGUCGAAUCGCACUUGCGAGACUGUAGGAUAUUCCACUUCGCCGGCCAUGGCACCACAGACCAGUAUGAUGCAUCCAAUAGCCGUCUGAUUCUGGAAGACGGCACGCUCAAAGUCGCCGAACUCCUGGAGAUGAGCCUCCAAAGGCAAUCGCCGCUUCUCGCCUACCUCGCGGCCUGCGGGACAGGCCGUAUCAAAGAUGAUAAAUCUGUCGAUGAGAGCAUUCACUUGAUGAGCGCGUUCCAACUGGCCGGGUUUCCCCAUGUUAUAGGCACGCUAUGGGAGGUAAAUGACGAACUCUGUGUCGACAUGGCGAGGAUCGCGUAUGAAGGGAUAAGGGACGGUAACAUGACAGAUGAGUCGGUUUGUCGUGGCCUCCACAACGCAUCUCGCACGCUUCGAGAUCAGUGCCUUGAGGUGCCGCCUGAAACCGAGGCGACUGUUCAAGACAGCGCAGGGAACGAGGGGACGACGGGGACUCCAUCAGGGAGAGACAUGAUCAUCAUAGAGGAACUUGAUGCGGGCCUGGCCCCCUGGGCUCCCUAUAUCCACUUUGGAAUAUGAGGAUGCUCUUAGUUUGCUUUCAAGAGUCC